AUGCCUCUCGAAAACAUUCGCAACAUCGUCCUCGUCCUCUCUGGUAAAGGCGGAGUCGGAAAAUCGAGCGUUACCACGCAACUCGCCCUCACACUGUCGCUACAAGGACAUUCGGUCGGUGUCUUGGAUAUAGACUUGACGGGCCCGAGUAUACCGCGCUUCUUUGGUAUUGAAGAUGCGAAAGUAAGACAGGCGCCGGGUGGGUGGAUACCGGUUGAUGUGCACGGCGAGCAGAAGUUGGCGGCACACCAGAAAGAAGGAUCGGAGGCGGCUGCAGGUGAGCAGAAGAUUGGAUCGUUAUCAUGCAUGUCUCUGGGAUUCAUCCUGGCUUCGCGCUCCGACGCUGUAAUCUGGCGGGGUCCAAAGAAAACUGCCAUGGUGCGCCAAUUCCUGACCGACGUCCUCUGGCCAACGCUCGAUUACCUGCUCAUCGACACACCACCUGGUACCUCCGACGAACAUAUCUCCCUACUUGAGACCCUUCUGAAGAACACUACACCGUCUCCUGCUCUCAAUGCGCAUGUACCGUUCUUGGCCGGCGCCGUCGUAGUCACCACCCCACAAGCUAUCAGCGUUAGCGAUGUGAAGAAGGAGCUGAAUUUCUGCAAGAAGACUGGAAUUAGUGUACUAGGCGUGGUAGAGAACAUGGCAGGAUUCGUGUGCCCCAACUGUUCGGAAUGCACAAAUGUCUUCAGCAAGGGCGGCGGAGCGGUCAUGGCGACCGAGUUCGAAGUACCGUUCCUCGGCUCCGUACCAAUUGAUCCGGCGUUUGUGGAAUUGGUCGAGAGUGGGACGAGGCCCGUAUACCCCAAGGGUACUGUCAUACAGGGCAAAGAUUUGGAUACCGAGGAGGUCGCGGCGCUGAAGAACAAGGGCGGGCUGUUUGUAGAUAAGUACCGGGACUGCUCGUUGGCGCCGUUGUUCGACGAGUUUGUGACGAGAUUGAAGGGGGAUAUCGGAAGGAUUGAACGCAGUAUCUUGCCGACAAUUAAGGUCAUCAGUACCCGUCUCGUUCUCGAGAUCCUACGUCUCAUUGGUUGCGAGAUUGCCGAUACUAUGGACGCCGCGAGCAAUCACGCCACAUCGCCAGACCCUCAUCCUACCGCGGGCAGUCCGCAUCGGAAGACUCCGACACCAGUUCCAGAACAGGAUCAGAAGAAGAGUCCUGGGACCAAAUCACGUCAAGGACCCGGCAAUGGCGCAGACCAACUCCCGAAAGGUGACUUAGUUCCUAUCACAGUCAACGACAACGAGAUUCUGACUUCUGAAGCAGAGCCGAAUCCAAGCGCGAAACCGCACUUCAUGGUCAAGCUGAAGUACAGCACCAAGAUUCCUGUGACUUCUCCGCAAGGUCACCGAAACAUCAGUAAUGCCUCUUCUACUUCUCCGGGUUUGCGCGAAACUCCGGAUGAAUCAGCUAAGCCAUCCAUCGAAACCGCCAUCGUCAAGCAGGAAGUUGAAGACCAUGAAGCGACUGCACCUCGAAGCCCAAACUCGACCUCGCCACAAGUCAAGAUCGAGAAACAGAGCGAUGAUCAAGGCUCAGCCCUGAAGCCCCUGAAUGAGCCCACGGGAAGUUCGGGUCAGUCCAUCAUGGUCAAGGACGAGCCUGAGCACGAUGCACAUGAAAAUGUCGACGAUCGAAGUCAGGACCUGAUUAGGGAUGCUAUGAGCAUUGAUGGUCAACUUGGCGACGAGUCAAUACAGGUCUCGAUCGAACAUGACACUUCUGGCAAGUCCUCGGAUGCUCUCGGUGUCCAGGCUGCUACAUCUGAACCCGAGAACUUGAAGGGGACUGCGGCCGUGGAGGUGCAAGGUGUCGAUGACGUCAACGGCGGCUAUCAGCAGAGCGCAAACGACCCAUCGAUCGCACGUGAUAACGACUUGUCGUUUGUCGCCGACAACAACAUGUCUUACCCUUUCGAUGUAGACGAGUGGGCCUCCUCCAACGCCAUGGACCAAGCCGAGGCGGACGCAGCCAGCGGAUCCCGAGGAAACCAAUAUCAUCAACCGAUCGACCACCAGGCCAUGUCGUCUAACUUCACAUAUCAAAAGAUGAAUAUGCGGCCAGAAGAUACUAUCGAUCAAGAAUCUCUGGCCUUUCUUAGUGGCGAAGCUGAAGCUGGCGUACCUUGGAGUCAACGUCAACACGUAUUUACGGAUCCAGUUCGCUUCACCAAGUCUAGUUCACCCUCAAUUGGAAGCGCACGUGCACUCAAUCCAGCUGCUAUCUUGAGGGGCAUUCCGCAGUACGCAACACAUUCACCUCGUUAUGGGUUGCAACAACCCGCUGGCCAAAACCGCCAACUCGCUCUCGACUCUGCCUUCAAUCGUCAACAAGAGCUUCAGGCCCUGGUUGAGGAGAAGCAGAGACAGUUGGAUCAAGUCAAGAAGAAGCAAGCGGAGCGUCAGCGAUUGACUCAACAGGUAUCUUACGAUUCUGCCAGUUAUCAUGGCCAGACAGCUGCUGUACCUUCGUUCCUCACUGGCCCAAUGAGCUAUCAACGAGCCUCUCCGAGCGGCUAUCAGCAGAUGAACUACGGACAGGACAGCUCGCACAACUGGACACCAGAACGUCGUACUACCCAGGUCACCCAAAAGGCACGAAAACAAUUAUUCAACGAGCACGACUGCGACGACGAAGAAGGCAAUGCUUCCGAUGAUGAUGAGCCGCUUCGGACGCGGGUGGAGCGCCACCCAUCAGUCACUAGCCUGAAUGACGACUCAAGCGUCGAGUUCGUCGCGAGCAACUCCAAACCCAAAAGCAGUGGACCUAUUGUCGACCGGAAGGUAGCGCGCAUGCCACGCCCGCUUCCUCAGCCUGCUUCACCCUCUCCCACUCCCACUGAGAACGCACUGCCUUCCUCUGACGACAUCCAAGAAAUUGAUUGGACGCUUCCCCGAUAUGAAAUGCAACGCCAACCUCUCGAGAAAGGCGAAGAGAUCCCUAGCGCAAAGGUCUCACUCCCUGGCAUGGUCCGCGAAGAAGUCCUUCUCUCCCCAGACCACGCAGACGAAGAAGCCCGCCUACUGAUCGAUGUCUUCAUCCCCGGUCAGCAAGCCAUGUCAUCACCAGACCCAGAGCCCGCCGUCGCUCUUCUGAACUUCCAUACUAUCACUCUCAUGGUCAUAGAGGCGUACGUUCAAUUCGAAAUCGGCGACGAGUUUGGCAUGGGACGCGGCCACUUCCACCAAGACCACAACCGUGGCGAAGAGGACUACGAGCGCAUGCGCGACGCCGUCAAUGCCGAUACCAACGAGAUCUUCUUUGCCGUCGUGGACCGAUACCGAGCGGGCUUAGAGAGCAAGAAGAAGCCGCUACAGCUGAUUCGGGGUACGCAAGAAUUCUGCGACGUGGCGCUUGAUGUAAUCUAUUACAUCAAGCAACAUGGACUGCUGAAGCCAGAACCUAAGGCCAAGAAGGUUAGGGCUGACAAGGGAACUAAGCGGGGGCCUCAGGCGAAGACUGCGGCUGCUGAAGCUGCUGCGGUGAAGGGUAAGGGUAAGGGAACUAAGCGGGGUACGGCGGCCAAGCCGAACGAGGUGCAGCCUAGGAAGAGGGUGAAGACUGCGCCCAAGGUUGACGUCAAGAAGAAGAAGAGGAGUGGUCCGGAGCCAGCUCUUACGGUUGUGAGGAAGUGA